AUGUCAGGUCAGAGAAUACAGCCUGUUCAACCGAUAAAAAGGCGAAAACGGUUGACAAUUGUCUGUACCAACUGUAAAAGGCGGAAAAGCAAGUGUGACAGAAAACAACCCUGUACCAACUGUAUCAGACUAGGAGAUCAGGAUUCAUGCUGCUACAUUCAGCAACAUUCAGCCACUAAUGAAAAUGAAGAAAUGACUAAAAAACAAAAGAAAGGUAUAAAUAUUGCAAGCAGAAACAAGAAAAAGGAUAGAAACGACAUCAUUUCUCAGCCCCUUAUUCAUGAUAGCCAGAUGAAUAUUGUAGGUCCGUCUACAAUCAUCAAUGUAAUACCUAACGGAUUUCUUAUUUCUGUGAAAAGAUCAGCAGCAACAGAAUAUUCGCUAUUUACGGAUGUCUCAAUGGAACAUCGAGAUCCCUAUUUGAAGUCUUUGAUAACUUUUCGGCAUAUUGCUAUUGGUAUGACGGUAAAAAAUUUAAAGGCAAAUGGGGUCCAUCUGAACCGUAAUUCAAGCUUGCCUCAAUCAUUCACUCCGCUAUCAAUAUUUGAUGCUGAUGGAGAUCCAUUGUCCUCCGAGAGUGCCUUCAGACAACUCGAGCUGAUCCACAAAUCUCUGUUUGACAAAUUUGGCUCAUACAGAAAAUAUGAUGCCCUGGUAUAUAAUGAUGAUGACGCGUUUAUUGCAGAGAACCUACCGCCAAGGAAUCUGUUUUUAGAUGAAAUUUUGCCUUACUUCGAGACUCGUAUUCUCGAAUUGAUUCCGAUUUUUGAUAUGCCUUUGCUAAGGCACGAAUUGAAAGCUCUGUAUGAUACAUGGGAACAGAAGGGCCAGCUUUGUUACAAAACUUUCGACCAUGUUGUUUACUCAAUGGUUCUUUUGAUCACUAAAAUAUCUCAAUUAUCAAUGAAUUUAUCAAAACUUUCGGCAAAAAUCCAAUUUCCUUUGAGAGAUCUGAAUACGGGCAAGUAUAUUUCCAUAGUGAACCACUUUCUCUUUAAAAUGAAAUCACUCCGAAAGUGUACUUUAUUGCAAUUACAAUGUCUAAUAUUGCUUCGAUUUUAUUACUGGUGUGGGCCUGAAGAUGGUGAUGGUGCUGAACUCCAGCACAGCCGUAUUCUUUCAGGUACAAUAAUUGCCAGUUGUAAAGAAAUGGGUAUAAAUUGGAAUUCAAUUCUCCAUCCCAAUGAAUAUUAUUAUGAGAUUCAUGCAGCGAGUCGUCCGAGCUCGUCCGUAAUGAAUGCGAAAGACUACAAAAGGGUUUAUAGAAUGAUUUGGUCCUAUAUCCUAUUUUGGGACAGAAAACUAUGUUUGAUUAGCGGGCAGGAAUGUGUCAUAGGCAAAUCAUUCCCGUAUGAUGACAUCAACGAAGAUGCUACAUGGCAUGAAAAAGUUGUUGUGCUUGAUCAAAUACUGAAGAGCAUUUGCGAAAUGUUGAACAAUUUUCCAACCAGCGUAGAUGUUACUUUGCUGUAUGAAAGGCUGGCAACAGCUAAAUGCUGCUUCUCGAAAAUCAAGACAAAACUAAAUAAAACUUUGAAUUUUGAGUAUGAGGUUUUGCUAGAUGUUUUUGAAUUAUGCUUGGUUCACGCAGAAAUGGUUCAUUAUGAAUACAAAUCUGAUGCUGCAAAAUUUGCUGCUACAUUUCAAAAUCUCUGGGCUCACGUUGUCCGUUUUUCACAGGUGUUCAUGGCUUACUUCAAUGAUGAAGGGCAGAAAUUCGAUAGUUUUACUAGAUUUUACUCAAAUAAAGUAAUUGUUGUCGCUGCUAAUAAAAUAUGUGUACUCGUUCCUGCCAUAAUUUUAAGGCUACACAGGUUCUCUUCGGUUGGUUUUCCGGAAGCCGACGUUCUGGUUAAAUUUUUAUUCGGUUUUUCUUCCAUAUACUUCACUGAAUUUGGAUUUGAUUAUUAUUCAUGUUUCAAAAAGAUGUUUACUGCAAAAAUAACAUACAAAAUUCUGAACCGUCCUCCAGAUAAAAACCCCUGGGUAAUGAUAUUAGAGUUUUUGUUACAUGAAUUGAAAAGGGAGCUCAAGGGCAAAGUGGUGGAUGAAAAGGGUGUCAAAAAUAUAUCUCUGAUAGCAAAGCUACGAGAGGCCGUUAAUAAAGUUUCAAGAAAAGAGCGCGAUAUUUUGAAAAUUUGGAACGACGAAGUUUUCCCUAUAAUUAAUAACAAUGAAGUCAAAGAGUUUGAUCUUUACGUAGAGCAAUUAGAGCCGUUUUUGGUGGAUCUUUUUUCAAGCUCCUUCAACCUGUUUGCGUCGUUUUACGAUAAUGCAAGUUCAAAGUUAGUUGAUGGUGCUGAAAAAGCAAAAUGUGAUACUUCACAAACCCUUGGAAAUAUCCCCGCUCCAGUGACGGAGGAUUUGGGUCCGAUGUCAACUGGAGAAGUCUCCACAACAAGCUCGAAUCCAGAUAAUGAAUUGGCGAAUUUUGAGUUGAUACAAGACUUGUUUGAGCCAUUCGAUUUCGUAUCAUUCUUUUAA